UGAUUGUUGAGAUGAUAGUUCAGAAAUGAACGUAAUCAUGCCUUUUCAAAAAUUGUCUUUUAAUGUUUAGUAUUGUUCCUUUGUAGAAAAUCAGCAAUAGGAAUAAAGAGAAUAGAUCAAAGUUACAGAUGAAUCAUGCAUGCAGAACAAAAUCUAUUGCACAGUUUUGCUACGAAGAGCGUGACAAUGAAACUGGAGAGGAGCCUAGUCGCACAACUGCAUGGAGAUUGAGCCGUUAUAGUAACACGAAAAAAGACUGGAUCGAUGAGGCCUCAAAGGAAGUUUAUGAUGAGCUUAUGAAGUUGCAAGCAGAAGACAUUGAAGAUCCUAUGUCAGAAGAUGAAGCUUUUGUCAAGGUUCUUGGUGAGGAAAAAUCGAGCCGACUUCAAGGAUGUGGAGAUGGAUUGAAGCCACCAUCCAAAAGAGGAGAGAGGAUUAAUCUUGAUUUGCAAAAAGAGAAUGAAGAGCUGAAGAAAAAGAAUGAAGAGUUGGCCUCUCGAUUUGAGUCUUUAGAAGCUUAAAUUAACGUGAUCACGUAUUUACUUGAAUAAGCUUCCGCAUCAAUUUUACAAUUCGAUUCUGUUGUUCUUAUAAAUAAACGUGAUCACACUAUUUUUUAAAUAAGCUUCUACAUCAAUUUCAUAAUUCAUUUAUUAGAAAUAAA